GCGCGAUGACCCAUACGACGACGACCGAAUUCAUGUCGCGCUGCGCGCUAUGCGAUGAGGCGCUGGAAGGAAAGCCUGACCAGUGCAUCACGGACUGCGGGCAUGUUUUUUGCGUGUCCUGUGCUUGCCGCUACCUCGGCCACAACAAGAACCGAUGCAGCGAGUGCCACAUACAGGUAAAGAUUGUGCGGCAGAUGGACGCGUGUGGCAACGAAGCGCAACGCGAAAAGCCAUGCAGCGUCAAGUUUUGCAAUGUCACGUACAUCUUGUACGUAAGCAUUUGGAGCGUGGAUGACCCGACCCACACCCUCGCGACGUUGUUCCACCUCGACCACGCGCGGUUGAUUCAUCACGGUAAGAUUUUGAAGAAAGGAGACGUGUGGCCAGGCAGCGUAGUGCAGUUGGUUGGCACGAAGAAGAGUGUAAUGCCUUCUGACUACACUUCGAAUGGCGCAUCGACAUGCUCCACCUCUUCGACGGAUGCGAUGUUGGCCACCGUUGUGUCCUGGGCGAUGGCUAUUGUAGCAUUCGUCAUGUACCCACUCAAGUUGAUCUAUCUCUUUUUUCACUCGAUGGUGCGUGGCGAAGAAUACCAAUCGUUGCCGCAACGACGAUAUGCUCCAGUCGACGCAACUGAACCCUCCACAGCCCCGGUGGCGCCGACAUUUGAGCAACCAGGAAUUGUGCCGCUCCCUCCUCGGACAGACACUGUCGAGUAAGUUGUUUAACGACAGCAUACCAUGCUA